AUGUUUAUAUCCGUGUUGGCUGUGCCCCCAGCUAACAUCCCUUGGUGGAAAAUUGCCGCUGGGACCGUUUACUGCCAACUCCGGCGUCAUUUCGCUACGGAACCGCAGCGCAUAUACCAGCAUACGCUCCGCAGAUCUACUACAGAUCUUGACAAAUAUCCGCCACGUGACCUGCAAUCUGCAAAGCAAAGCGAAUCCGCUUUUGUUGUUCCGAGGCGUGGCAACGUUCCAUAUUACGGAGCAAACACAACGCGGCAACCUGUACCACUAAGCGCGACUACCGUCACGUGGGAUUCACCUAAACCCGCGGAUAAUGCGACCGUUGUACGAGUUGCACUAGUAGGUCUUCCUAACGCGGGUAAAAGUUCCCUAAUGAAUGCGUUGCUAAAUGUACCAAUCGCAGCAGUAUCGCCCAAGGUGAAUACCACCCGGGAGGAUAUAAAGGGUGUUAUCUGUGACGGAAACUGCCAAAUGAUCUUCACAGACUGCCCUGGUAUCCUAGAAUCUCAUCGUAGACGGAGGUUCUGUGCACCUCUCGUUGACACCGCAUGGCGGGUGUACCGUGAAGCGGAUGUCUGUCUAUUCGUUAUCGACGCGGUGAAACGUCCACGUGCCGAUCUGUUCAGGGUGAUAAGGCUACUCGCGGGUUCGACACCUUCCGAUUCUAGUGCACAUCCAUUGCCUUUGGGCGAUGACGGCCGGGUGUACGACUCAACACAAGGCGUUGCUGAUGAUGUGUAUGAGUUAGAGGACGGAGAUAUCUCCGAUGACGGCACUGCAGACUAUUCCUCUGAUACCGACUACGGGUUGGCUGUAUCGUCUGAACCUAGAAAGCCAGUGGCCCUUGUGUUGAACAAAAUAGACUUGGUUCAGCAUAAGAAAUGGGUGAGGGCACGUACCCGUGAAAUGAAAAACCAUGGUACAUUUUCCGAGAUAUUUUACACCAGUGCUAAGCAUGGGUUGGGUUGCGAGCACAUAUUUGGAUUUUUGAAGAGCGUUGCAAAACCUGGUCCGUGGGUCUACCCACCUGACAUGGUUACUACAAUGUCCAAGGUCCAGGUCGUCGAGCAGUCUGUGCGUACCUAUCUGUAUUGCUGGUUUAACAGAGAGCUACCAUACCAAGUUAACCAAAAAGUGAUUGGAUGGACAACUGCGGAGAAUGGCGCGCUCAUAAUUGAAAUGGAGCUAUACGUUCGCAACGACAAGGCGGCCAAAAUCAUUUGCGGCAUCGAGGGCCGUAUCGUCAAACAAAUGCAGAAAAACGUCUCCUAUAGGUUAAGUAGAAUGUGGAGCGAGCCGGUAUUUGUGUAUAUACACGUGAAGGUGAAAGCGGCCUUCUUAUAA